UCUCUCUCUCUCUCUCUCUCUCUCUCUCUCUCUCUCUCUCCAUAUUCCCCACAAGAUAGCACAAGGGACCAUCCUCUGAAUAGUCUUGCCACUCUUCAAAAAAAGGACCAUCCUCCAGCCAUCAAAAGUCUCUAACACUGAAGAACAUAUAACCCAGCUGAUUCUAAACAGCAUUCCUCUCACUUAAUUCUUUAUUCUUUGUUAUUCUGUUAUGUUCUCAAAUUUGUUUUUCAUUUUUAAACAUCAUUUUGUGCUUCUUUCAGCCUUAAUAUGUGUGCAUGCUGUUCUUUUGCAGAUUGAUAUUGCAGGCUAAAUGCUCCAACGCUGAAAUUUUAUGCAAAGUGUUUCAUGAACAUUUGAUGGAUGAUGACUGUUCCAAUGGAUAACUCCUCUGCUCCGUCACGGGAGCUUGUUGAACAUCUUUUCAAUAAGAAUAUUGAGUUGGAGAAUGGACUUAGGAUGGCAUCCAAGGCAAAAGUCCCUUCAGAUCCCAAUGCAUGGCUACAAAUGCGAGAGAACUCUGAAGCCAUAAUCCUUGCGGAUCAUGAUUUUUCGGAAUUACAUGAAAUAGAACAAGGUCUGUGGCAGUUACACUACAGGCGAAUUGAGGAGUUCAGAUUGCACAUUAAUGCUGCUUUGGCAUCGGCAGCAUCAGUCACAUCUCUCAGUGGGAAAGCUGUUGUGCGACCUGAUCGAUUAAAGAAAAUCCGCUCUGUAUUUAAAAGUUUCCUUUCAGAAGCAACUGGCUUUUAUCAUGAUCUUAUUCUGAAAAUUAGAGCCAAGUACGGUUUGCCUCUUGGCUAUUUUUCUGGGGUCCCAGAGAAUCAAAUUGCCCUGGCAAAGGAUGGAAAGAAAUCUGCUGAGAUGAAGAAAGGCUUGAUGUCCUGUCACCGUUGUUUGAUCUACUUGGGUGACCUUGCUCGGUACAAAGGAUUGUAUGGAGAGGGGGAUUCUGUUGCCCGUGAUUAUGCUGCUGCUUUGAGUUACUACAUACAGGCUGCUUCACUUUGCCCUACAAGUGGGAAUCCCCAUCAUCAGCUUGCAAUAUUGGCAUCAUAUUUGGGGGAUGAAUUAAUGGCUGUUUACCGGUACUUUCGGAGUUUGGCAGUGGAUACCCCUUUCUCAACGGCAAGGGACAACUUGAUUAUAGUAUUUGAGAAGAACCGUCAGAGUUACUCCCAACUCAGUCAGGAUGCGAAAGUUUCUUCAGUCAAGUCUGUGCCUGUGCGAAUGAGUGGGAGAGGAAGAGGGAGAGGGGAAAUGAGAAUUCCAUCUAAAAAUGGUAAUAUGGUAACUGCACCUCUAAAAGAAACUGCAUUCAGUAUUCCAGAGACUUUUAAGGCCUUCCGUCUUCGGUUUGUCCGGUUAAACGGCAUUCUUUUCACUCGCACAAGCUUGGAAACGUUUGGAGAAGUUCUCUCUUUGGCAAUCAGGGAUCUGGAUAAUCUUCUUUCUUCUGGGCCUGAAGAAGAGCUAAAUUUUGGUUCAGAUGCUGCUGAAAAUGGGCUUUUCAUUAUUAGAAUGGUCUCCAUUCUCAUAUUCACAGUUCAUAAUGUGAAUAAGGAAUCUGAAGGCCAGUCCUAUGAUGAAAUCUUGCAAUGUAAGGUUCUGCUUCAGAAUGCAUUUACUGCUGCCUUUGAGUUCAUGGGCCAUCUUCUCAAAAGAUGCAUGCAGUUACAGGACAUCUUGUCAAGCUAUUUGUUACCUGCUGUCCUAGUUUUCAUUGAGUGGUUAGCCUGUCAUCCAGAAAUUGCAGGCGGUGAUGUUGAUGAAAAACAAGCGACUGCUAGAUCAUUCUUCUGGGCUCACUGCAUAUCUUUCUUGAACAAACUUAUACUGAGUGGACUGGUAUCCAUUGAUGGUGAUGGAGAUGAAACCUGCUUCUCAGACAUGAGCAGGUAUGAUGAAGAUGAAACUGGCAACCGGCUCGCACUCUGGGAAGACUUUGAGUUGAGGGGAUUUUUACCUCUUGUCCCAGCACAACUCAUAUUAGACUUUUCAAGGAAGCAUUCGUUUGCAAGUGAUGGUAGCAACAAGGAGAAAAGAGCACGUGUGCAACGUAUCCUAGCUGCAGGAAGGGCUCUCAUGAAUGUGGUCAAGGUUGAUCAUCAGGGAAUAUGCUUUGAUAGAAAACUGAAGAGAUUUGCUAUUGGGAUUGAGCCUCAAAGAUCUGAGGAUGACAUGGUUUCUUCUCCUAUAGAUGUGUCCAUAUCAAAUGGUAUGAAACAAGGAGUGGUGGUUGAUAAAACAAUGAAAUUAGGAGUUAUGCAAUCAAAGGAACAGUUGUAUAUGGAAGGAGAAGAGGAGGAUGAGGUGAUCGUCUUCAAGCCCACGAUAGCUGAAAAACAUGCUGAUAUAAGGGCACCAAAAUCAGCCGCUUAUGAGAUUCUUAAGCCUGUGGAAUCUUCUCAAGGUGACUCUAGCUAUGCUGAAGCAUUUUCCUGGCCUCCUAAUAAUCCUCUGCUGCAGACUGCUGCUUUAAAUGCCGGUUUAGGAUCAUCAAUGCGUUUUGCUAAUGUGGUUUCACAGCCUCUGCAACAGAUUUAUCCAAGCACCACUUCUAAAUUGAUUGCGGAGAAACCAACCUCUUUUUCUGAUGGACUGAGAAACUUGAGCAUUGCUGGAAAUGGACUUGUUGCUAAGUCGAGUUUGCAGGAAGAUUUUAUCAGUUCACAGCCUCCUGCAUUUUCACUUCCCUCUUCGCUUUCUGCAACUGGAAAUGGACUUCAAUGGAGUUUGCAGGAAGAGUUGAGUGUUUCACAGCCUCCUGCAUUUUCACUUCCCUUUUCACUCUCUGCAAGUGGAAAUGGACUUGUUUCUAAACCUAAUUUGCAGGAACAAUUGAGUGUUUCACAGCCUCCUGCAUUUUCACUUCCCUCCACAAUGUCUUCAACUGGAAAUGGAUGUGUGGCUAAAUUGAAUUUUCAGGAAGAGUUGAGCGUUUCACAGCCUCCUGCAUUUCCACACCCCUUUCCAGUGUCUGCAAAGCUCAAUACUGGGGGUAUUGUAUCUCGACAGACUGGAGUUUCAGAAGCUGUGAUACCAUCAAAGCUUGAUGCCAUAAUGCUUUCCAGUGCCAGUAAUGAUGAUCCAAUUAUUAAGCUUCCAAACUUGCAAACAAGUUCAAGAAGAAGUCCAGUGAGCCGGCCCAUUAGACACUUUGGUCCUCCACCUGGUUUCAACCCUGUUCACCCAAAGCAAUUAAAUGGCUCCAUGGGCGCAUUGUUCAAGAAUGAGCAUCUGCUGGUGGAUGAUUAUAGUUGGUUAGAUGGAUAUCAGUUGCCGUCAUUUGAAGGCACAGUGCCUAAAAAUUCCCUGAUUCACAUGGGACAUACGCACCUUCAUGUUAAUGGUCACAGUGAGAUCUUGACUGGUAUGACUUCGACUGGUAUGACGAGCUUUCCUUUUCCUGGAAAACAUGUUCCUACCGUGCAGGCCCAAGCUGAAAAUCAGAAGAAGUUUACUGAUUAUCAGCUCCUUCAGCAUCUGAAGCUUUGUAGGGAACAUCAGCUCCAUCAAGGAAACCAACAGUCUGCUCCACUUUCAGAGCAAGAUCAAGGACAGUCUCUGUGGUCAGGCCAGUUCUUCGUGUGAGAUCCUUUGCAUCAGAGAAUACAUGGUCGUCAAGAAUCUGUUGGGGUGAUGUGAUGAUCAGCCGCCUGCUGCUACUGAGUUCAGCCUCCACCUCAAUGGACCUUCCAAUAUUAACUUUCUGUCAGAGCACAGAUUGUUGUGGGAGCAUUUGCAGGUACCUCCC